GUUUCUCGGGUAUCGUGGCUCCCCUCCUCCGCCCCGCGUCCUGACUCGUUUUUCCCUCCUUUCCCUCAGAGGAUGUCUGCCUUCCAGAUCAACCUCAACCCGCUCAAGGAGCCGCUUGGCUUCAUCAAGAUCCUCGAGUGGUUUGCUUCCAUCUUUGCUUUUGCCACCUGUGGUGGGUUUAAGGGCAAAACAGAAAUUCAAGUGAACUGUCCUAAAAAUCCUGACAAUAAGACGGUUACAGCUACUUUUGGUUAUCCAUUCAGGUUGAAUCAGGCAUCAUUUCAUACACCUCCAGAUGUCAAUGUGUGUGAUGUGAACUGGGAAAAGCAUGUCCUCAUAGGUGAUUACUCCUCUUCUGCACAAUUCUACGUUACAUUUGCAGUCUUUGUGUUCCUGUACUGCAUUGCUGCCCUUCUGCUCUAUAUUGGCUACACAAACCUCUACCGGGAUAGUCGCAAACUGCCCAUGAUUGACUUUAUUGUUACUAUUGUGGCUGCUUUUCUGUGGCUGGUGAGUUCCUCGGCCUGGGCUAAAGCUCUGACAGAUAUUAAAAUAGCUACUGGACCCAGGAUUAUUGAGGAACUCGAUCCUUGUAACAAGUCAGGAUUGUCAUGUAACUUUGUCUCUGUGACGAGUAUGGGAUCCCUCAAUGUGUCUGUGAUCUUUGGCUUUCUGAAUAUGAUACUUUGGGGAGGAAAUGCUUGGUUUGUGUACAAGGAGACCAGCUUACAUAGUCCAUCAAGUACGUCAGCUUCCCACAGCCAAGGAGGUGUCCCACCCACUUCUGGAAUGUAAUUAAAGGGAGAAAUAAACUGUAUGAAAUGUGUGCUAUACUAUGCCUUGUUGCCAACAUCUUGAGAAGCAUUAUUGUUUCUAAUAAAAAGUAAUGGCUUUUUCAGUAAAUUGGUGGGUUUAAAAUUUUGCUGCUUUUCUACAUAAAACGUGCCUUUUCUAGAAAUUUAAGAUGUAAAUGUAUUUUUACAUGUAAGUUUGAAAAUUCAGGAGCCUGUUAUGAGAUGAUGUUACUUUUAACUGAACAAUAAUUUAACUAAGUUGCUUCUAAAGUGUUUACACCUUAAACUUUAACAUAAACCUUCAUUCAGAAAACAGUUAUGUCGUAUCAUAAUAUAGGAAGGAUGUGUUUGGGAUAUACACUACUGUUAGUUUGUACACAUCAUAUUCUUAAGGCUUGGCUUGUUUAAGAAAACCUUGAUUGUGUAAAUCAUAUUUAGAAAAAAAUUAGUGCAAUUUUAUAUUUGAAUAUUGUUCAUGUUAAAAAUUUUUUUUGAAUUGAAAAGUCUGGGUAUAUAUUUUGUUUCUGUUUUUCUAAAUGACCUGCUGUACUUAUUAGGUUACUAAAAUUGUCGUAGAAGCAAGAGUUUGAAAAUUGUAACAAAUGUGUAGAAUUCACUUUGCACUUGUGUUACAUGGGUAUAGUCAUUAUUUCUGGUGGUUUUUUAGACUUGCAAAGAGCAUGGUUCCCAAGAUGGUGUUUUAUAUGUAGGCGUUCUCAAUGAUGCUUGUUUGCUAUCUUUUGUGCAUACCAAGAGAGGAAAAAAAACCUACUUUUUUUUCCCAGACCCUGUUUAGAGGGUUACUAAAAAUUAAGGUUGCCUUUUACUUUUGAAACAUUUAACAUUUAGUCAAUGAAGUUGCUUCUCCUGAGUUUAACAUUGAUAUUGUGAAAAUAAAUGCAGUACAGAUUUCUUAUUUCUUAAGAUUCAUUCUUCAUAAAAGGGUGAUAAGGAAUUAUGCUCAUAAAGGAACCUGAGUAAGCUGUAUUGUGUAUGUACUGUCUUUACACAUGCAUUUGUGUAUGUUGAGAAUACAGUGCUUUUUGUUCCUGGCUUUUUUUGUUGUACAUGGAUUCAGACUUCCUAGUCUUACAAGAUGAUGUUUGUAUGUAACGCACAUCUUACGAUAUUGCCUUAUUUUUGUUGCUUUCUUCAUGGCAAAGUGUCAGUUUGAGAAUGUGUGUUUAAUAAGCAAACAAUAAAGAAGUUAAAGUAAAGAA